AUGCUCUUACUCGGUUCCUGCUUCACAGAGGAAUUCGGACCGGUCGAUGGUGCUUCCAGAGGAGUCCCACCUUCAUUCACUUUCAUUCCGCCCGAGGGUUUCAAUCACCCAAAGACUUGCAGGCAUGUUAGACUCCUUGGUCCGUGUUUCAAGACGGGUCGUUUAAAGCCAUUCUGCCAGCGUCCUACGACGGCGUUCCUCGGUCGGCCGGACUGUNUCGGUAGCAAGUCUAUAAACACACGUGCCGGAGCCCAUGCUACAUUCCAUGCCAUCUUUUCCAGUCCGACUGCCAACCGACGCUGGCCCGCCAAACGCGAGAGCGUCCGUCCCCC